UGGGUUUGUUUACCUCCGCACAGCAGCGGUUUUCGGUUUCGGUCAGUUCAUACAUCCGCAUCCGCUUCAUUGCACGUAAUUCCCCGAGCGCUGCCUUCGUCGUUAUCCCUCCGCCCAUUCGACAGCUCAGCACAAGAUGAGCACUGUCCAGAACACGACGGAAGGCAAUAGGUGCAUCAUUUGCUUGCAGUGUGCAACGACAAUGGUGCCGCUGGACACGAAAGUCGACAUCGCCGGUGUUCCGAUUAGCUGUGAAACCAUGUACUGCAACUUUACUGGACUGCAGGUGAGCAUUGCAAGGUGGGUGUAUCAAGCAGGGAUGCCUUCCUUUAAACUCUUGGAGCUCUUUCAGUACGAUCCAACCACACUUACCGAGGAGCAUUUGGCCCUGAAGCUCUGUUUGGCGUGCCUGUCUCAGCUCAACUCGUGCUACCUCUUUCAAAAGCAAGCGAUCGACAAUUUUUACGAAUGCUUCGUACGAUCGUACGAGAAGCUUACGAUCGAGGUGCAAACAUCCUCUUGCGCUGUGAUCGAGCAAUCGAACAAGCUGGCCGAAAUUUGUCCCGACUUUGAGGAUGAAGAUGAUGGGCCAAGCGGGGACGAGAAGGAGGACUAUGACGAUAAUGCUACAGCAAACCAUCCCUCGCCUUCACCGACUAAACUGGAAGCUGAGAUGGAGAAGGUGGAGGAAGAACAUUUUGAACCCAUUGCCGAACAGAGGCACCCGCCGGAAGAAUCGCAACGCGAACAAACUGUACCGAAGACUGAACCCCAGCAACAGCAACCAAGCAACAGCUGCAAGGAAUGCGCCAGCCUGACCGAACAGCCCAUUUCCUUCCGCAAACACUUUGUGCGCGCUCACUGCACGGUGCGGGCGCACGGGCAGCACCAGUGUACGCUGUGCGGUCGGUGCUUCCAAACCAGGGGCUCCUUCCAUCGGCACAUACGCGUACACACGGGCACGAAGCAGUACGCGUGCCAGUACUGUGCCAAAUCGUUCCACUAUCUGCACCAUCUGCAGGUGCACGAGCGUACGCACACGAACGAACGGCCGUUCGCGUGCGGCCAAUGCGCGAAAACGUUCACCACCAACGAUCGGCUGCAGGUGCACGGGCGGACGCACCAGCUAGCGCUGCCGUACGAGUGUGAGCACUGUCGGAAGCGGUUCAAAACUCGCCCCUACCUUCACCGGCACAAGCAGACCAAGCACGACCGGCCGGCGGAAGCGUUCCGACUCUGCCGGUGCGAGCAGUGCGGCCUGUCGUUUGCGUCACAGUCGGGCCUUACCUAUCACAUGCAGUCGGCGCAUCCGACGCGUCCAAACCAGGGGGCAGGUGUGGCGGCAUCGCUGGCCUAUGAUGGACGCGCCGGCUGGCACGGAGAACCCAGCCAACACCGGUGUGAUGUGUGCGGGGCACAGUUUAAGCAAAAAAUUACCCUAACCCGUCACAGGCUCAGGCACGAUGGAAUACGACCGUUUCGGUGCGACAUUUGCGGCAGUGCCUUCACGCAGAAGGGCACGCUGAAGACGCACAUGCGCACGCACACGGACGAAAGGCCGUACGAGUGUGCGGCGUGCGGCGAACGCUUUCGGUCUGCAGCAGCGCGCCGAACGCACCAGCUGCGACAUCGUUGCCCCGGGCAACAGGCCGACGAACGAUCACAAGAGCAGUGACGAGCAAAGGAGAAGAAUAAAUAA